CAACCAGCUGAUAAGUUGACCUCAUCUUGCAUAAAUUCGUCUGGAAAUACAUAAACAAAACAAUAUUAAAUUGCAGCAGCUGUAUUUAUAAUUGUGAAAUAAAUUAACAUAAAGUAAUAAAUUUUACACAAUAUCAUGGGGUUUCUAACAGUUUUAAAGAAAAUGAGACAAAAAGAAAAGGAAAUGCGUAUAUUACUGUUAGGUUUGGACAAUGCCGGUAAAACUACAAUAUUAAAAAGAUUUAAUGGAGAACCAAUUGAUACCAUAUCACCAACAUUGGGUUUUAAUAUAAAAACUUUGGAGCAUAAUGGUUACACCCUAAAUAUGUGGGAUGUAGGUGGCCAACGUUCAUUACGUUCAUAUUGGCGUAAUUACUUUGAAUGUACUGAUGGUCUAGUGUGGGUGGUAGACUGUGCGGAUCGCAUGCGUUUGGAGACCUGUAAACAGGAAUUGGAAAUUUUAUUGCAAGAAGAAAGACUGGCCGGAGCCACUUUGCUUGUAUUAGCAAAUAAACAAGAUUUACCGGGAGCUUUAACCGCCAAUGAAAUCAAAGAGAUACUACAAUUGGAUAAUAUUACCACUCAUCAUUGGUUAGUUGUAGGUGUUAGUGCUGUCACUGGAGAGAAGCUACUAAGUGCAGUGGACUGGCUAAUAGAUGACAUAGCUAAGCGUAUUUUCACUCUAGACUGAAUGGAGUUUACACUCGUUAAAAACAUUAACAUUUGUUGAAAACAUUUCCAUUUUUUUUAAAUUUAUUCUUUUAUUAAAACAAAUCUCGAUUAAAAUUUUUAUAUUUAUUAUUUUUCCACCAAAUAUAAUUUAUAUAAACGUUUCCAAUCAGCACGUUCAAA